GCUCGUCCUCGGCUGCAUUAAAGCCGAAGCUACCGCAGCUGCACACACACAUACACACACACACAUCAAAGGCUCUCCUUCUCCUCCUCGCUGCAGCUCUCGCAGACAGCGGAUCAGCUGGAUGGUAUAACCCUCGCUCCUUUUUUUUGGUAUUUUUGUUUCUUCCGUUUUUUUACGCACACAGAGCGGGACAUUAAACGGAAAUUUCAGCAGACCACGUAGAAGAUGAAGCACUGAGGAGAGAACUGCACAGGCUCCCCCCGGUUGUGUUCAUCCUGAGGCUGCAGUGAACGGAGGAGGGGGGAUUGCGGUAUAAGAAGGUUAAUAAUCGGCAUCAAUAAAGGUCGUCUCUUUUAGCCCGGAACACAAUCGAAAGGGUGAAUCUCGCCCCUGUGCGGGGGGAUCGGCGGAGCAACGUGAGUGUGUAAAAAAAAUUAUGGCCACCCUACUGCGAAAGAUCGGUCUGAUCCGUCUGCACGACCGAGACACCGAGGACCCAAAGCACCAUCAGGGCUCGUUAAAGGGGAGCAAAGGAAACCAGAAAAACAACACCAGCAAACACUGUCAGACCGCCAACGAGACCAACAUCCUGAGCACUCCGGAGAUUAAAGCGAGGAAGCUGGACCAGCACGGCAAGGACAAGCCGUCCGGCAAGGAUAAGCAGGUCAAGGAUGCGAAGGAAAAGCAGCAGACGGGAGGAGGUGGUGGCGGCGGUGGAGGAGGAGGAGGAGGCGUAGGAGGAGGCGGCAGUAAAGCUACCAGUGCCUCCUCGAUACCACCGCUGCCGCCUCAUCGGCAACACUGCACCCAGGUCCGGACGCGACGGCUGAUGAAGGAGCUGCAGGAGAUCAGGAGGUUAGGAGACAACUUCAUCACGGUGGAGCUGGUGGAGGACAACCUGUACGACUGGAACGUCAAGCUGCACCAGGUGGACAAGGACUCGGCGCUGUGGCAGGACAUGAAGGAGACCAGCACAGAGUUCAUACUGCUCAACGUCACCUUUCCCGAUAAUUUCCCCUUCUCGCCGCCGUUCAUGCGGGUCCUGACGCCCCGGUUGGAGAACGGCUACGUGCUGGACGGCGGGGCCAUAUGCAUGGAGCUGUUGACCCCCCGCGGAUGGUCCAGUGCCUACACGGUGGAGGCCGUCAUGAGACAGUUUGCUGCCAGCCUCGUAAAAGGACAGGGCCGUAUAUGUAGGAAAGCCGGAAAAUCUAAGAAAGCUUUCAGCCGCAAGGAAGCCGAGGCUACCUUCAAAUCCCUGGUGAAGACCCACGAGAAGUACGGCUGGGUGUCUCCGCCCGUCUCUGACGGCUGAAUGCCCCGGCACCGUCCCUCCGACCCCCGCGCUAGCCGGACAAACCCAGCUAGCCCCGACACGCAAAACGACACACCACGCUAACUCAACAAUCUCUCAUUUUCACCUUUUGCUGUUUCACUCAAGAUUUUAUUUGAUUUUUCUGGUUUUAUGUGUUAUUUAAUUAUUUUUUGUUAUUUUGGAUUUUGAUCACCAUCUCCAGAAGAGCUGACAUCCAGUCAUCACCGUCACUCCACCUACACCUAGAAAACAACUUUUGCUUCACCUCCCUCUCACCCAGGGAUUCUUUCCCCUGUUUAGGAAAGACCUGAGAGGGCAGUGUUUGCUUGCGAGUGUGUGGGUGGGUAGGUGGGUGUGUGUAUGUGUAUGUCGCUGCAUUGGACAUCCGCUGGGAGUGUGUGCACGUGCAUCGGAGUGUGCUCUACUGUGGGUGGAUUUUUUGUUCUUUUUUGAAAUGCACACGCAUGCAUGUGCAGUGGGACAAAUCGGACAGUGUGGACUUUUCCACCCAUGUGAAAGACUACUGAAUGAAGGAGACUCAUCUCCCUCUCCUGUCCAUGCAAUCCCGCCCCCAUUCUCCCCUCCCUUUUCCAUCCCUCAUUCCUUUCUUCUCUUGAACUGGCAUUACGUCCCGCCAUCUCUCUCUCUCUGUAGCUGUCGGGUCAUUUACAUAUAAAUGAAGCUGUUAAUGUUUUAUAGAAGGGCAGCGCACUGACGUUUAAACCCACUCAUUCGCACCUUCAUUUCCCCUUUCUUUUGACUGUGCCGUUGCUCACAGUUCAACGCAACAUGAAGAUUGUAAUUUACAUGGAGCUGUGCUCUCUCUUUCUCUCUCGCUCUCUCUAUCUGUUUCUUUCUUUAGCUCGCUUUGUUUCCUUCUCUCCAUCUCUUGUGGCUAAAUUUAGAGCUCACUGUUGCGUAGAUGGAUAUUGAUUUUUAAUGGAGAAAAAGAGUCACAUGCUGCUUUAUGCAGUAACUACUGUAUGUAUGAUAAAUAGAAUGACACUCAGUCACCUCUCUCUCUCAUGUUCUUGUUAGUGUGUGUGUGUGUGUGUAGGAGAGGAAUGAAGACUAUAAUUCUCGCGAUUUAGAUACCAGAUGGUACAGCUGAAGGCUAGGCCUCAGUGCGUGUGUAUGUGUGCGCGUGUGAGUAAGGGAGACAACACUUAACAGAGAAAAAUAUGAUUUACUGUGAAUGACACUAAGACUUGAAGGGAGUGCUGGCUUUUUGCUAAAUUACCUGCCUUCUUGUCCCGCCGUCGAUGUCAGCUCCCGAUUGUUAUUAGCGUAAAACACGCGUGUAGCUGUGACCAAAUAUCUGCGCGCACACAGCCUCGCCUCUCUAUUGGAUGCACGCGAUGGAGAAAAGGUCGGCAGAAAAUACGCUUUGCCUCGCCCAGACGUUUUGCACAGCUCACACACUUGGAGCGUACACCUGCGGCCUUCGGCGGUAACACCUAGAAAUGAAGACAGACAGGAUGGCGUGCUGGGGUGGUGCUUUAAAUUGAGUGCGCUUCAGGGCCGGAUUGAUGUCUGCUGAAAGCAAGAGACCGAAGGCAGGAGAACAGAGGGGUGGGAGGCAAUCGCGAGAGCUUUGAUCACCGCCGCCUGCUUCUUGGAAAUGUCAGCUGGAUUGAAAAUGUCCGAAGACGGCCGCGAUUACUUAAGAGGCAUAGAGCUCCAACCUUUAGUAUAUAUCUACUGUUAACUGUACGGCUGCAACAGCGUCGGUCUCAAUCAGCCGAGGGGGCCCGCUAGCCGCAGACUAGCUAUCUCUCCAUUCUGUCCAGUGAGCUCUGUUUGUUUUGCUUGCCGCCAGUUAAAUGUCAGAGGGAAGGCUGCUAAUUGGUCUGACAUUUCAGCAGAGCGUCAUUAGAGGAGACCGCGAGCGCACACGGAUGGACGAUGUCAGAGCUACCGCUCGGCUCUGACAUUUUGUCACUUUCUUCUCCUGCCUUAAUUUUUGGAGGGAUGGGGGUUUGGCAAGGUGAAGGCAGGCAGGCAGGUGAGGGGUACUGGAGCCAGCUCCCAGCUCAGCGGUCCUCGACCAUGGGAUUUUCAAAAAUCGCAGAGCCAGCGUGCCGCAUUCGGAUCAGGUCAUAUCUCGUCCCGACGCUCCCUUCGAGUCGCGGUCGACAGCAAGUCUGGGUUUGAGUGCACGUGUGAGCACAUAUGUGUGUCACACUCCCAUCAUGAAAAAAAUAAUAAAGAAACAGAAACAUCACCAUCUGGUAUGUGAUCAUGUACGAAAGCGCGUUAGUCCUCUUUUGAAUUUGGCUAGUCAUUUCAGGGUCGGUCGUAUAGUGAUCUCUCGGCUUUGUCAGCAGAGAAAACUGUAAACUGAAUUAUUAUGACAAAAUAUCUCAAACAGCUGAGUGUUUGCUGGUUUCAAGAGAAUACUUUUGUGAUAUAGUUUAGAUCGGUAGUUUGCAGACACUAACUGGGUGAACUGAUUAUGUUGUAAUAUAUCUGCAUGUGAUGUGAUUGGUAGCUAGCUACUGUAUCUCUUUUUUUUUCAAGAAAAGUGAGAAAAAUAUGGGGAAAAAAACAAAAAAAUGCAAAUGCUUCUCUUUUCUUGGUAUAUAUUUUCUCUCUCUUUUUGGUUCUGUACUGUAUGUAUUUUUCUUUUCUUUCUAAGCGUCCUAAAAAUGUCACAUUGUGUUAUAUGAAUGUUUGUAUUUUAAUUUAUUUGUGGUUUGCCAAAAUGAAGAUUUGAAGCAUGUUGCAGGUACUGUCACAAGAAAACGAGAAGAAAAAAAACCCUACUAAGAAUGAUAGCCUAUGUAUUUGUGUGAUCAGAGAUUUGGGGAGGGGGCUGGGGUGGAGGGCGGGUACAGGCAGCAAAGAAGGACAGAGGGCAGUGAAGCCUCAAGAUUAUAAAGGGAGUAUUUUUGGGAGUGUGUCAAAGUGGAGUCAAGAAAGUGACAUGGUGCUCCCUUGAAUACUUUCUGGUGCCCUCCAUGAUGUCACUACUGUCCCUUUCCCCAUUGAUCCUGCUCUCUAAACAGCGAUUUGGUUUGUGGGUAAUGCAGUCAACACAAACAUCUGAAGUCCCACGAGUCACAGAUCGGAGCUCAGUGUGACCUCCCUAUGCUUCAAAUCAAACUUCUUAAGGGAAUCUGACCUGUGAUGAGUUACCCUGGGUCACUUCGUCCCACUUCUGACUUGAGUGUUUAGUCCAGACCGAGGUCUUACAAGUUCAAAAAGGUGAAAGGUCAUUGCAAGACCAAACAGGAAUGUGCAAUAAAAGUUACAGCUUAUUCAA